GUACUUUAGGUGGGUGAUCCGAAAAGCAUUUAAGGAAGCAGUUCCCCCCCUUAGGGCAAGCAAACGGUCCAAAGGCAGUCCAAAUUUCACGUUUGUAGUUUACAACGGAGCCCUUGGUUUUGCGGCGAGUUUUUCCCGAUUCAUCUCCUCCACUAAACCCUCCGCCGGAAACCGACUGCAAGAACCGAGCGAGUUACAAUGUCUUCUGGAUUCAACAAUGGCUUAAGGGUUUUCAGAGCCUGUAGAACUCUCUUAGCUCCGUCCAAAUCCUCUGCUACCGUUCCCGCCACCGCUCCCAAAUCCAAGACGACCACGAAGCCGAAGACGAAGCUGCCCAAGGUGAAGACUCCUCCGAGCUCCGUUGCUGCUGCUGGUGUUGCAGCCACGCCCGAGCCGAAAAUAAAAAAGGGAACGUCUCGACCGUCGGGGAUUCUGAAGGUCACCCAGGUUUCUCCAGCGUUGAGCAACUUCUUGGGUGUAUCGGAGGCUUCUCGCACCGACGCCGUCACGCAGAUCUGGUCCUACAUCAAGCUCCACAACCUUCAGAAUCCUGAUAACAAAAGAGAGAUCUACUGCGACGAUAAACUUAAAGCCAUAUUCGAAGGAAGGGAAAAGGUUAGUUUCUUAGAGAUCGGAAAAAUGCUCGCCCGCCAUUUUGUAAAGAACUGAUGCAGGUGAUGAGAGAUCAACUUUCACUCCCCACCUUUUCAAUCCAUUUAGUUAGCAAUUGUCUUGUUUAGCUCAUAUUUUUUUUAGGUAACAUUGAUGAACUUUCUUCCCGACGGUGCAUUUGAAGGUCUUACUCCAAUUGUGAUGUCUGGUAAGUUUGUUGGGCAUUUUGUAAAAAGGAUAACCCCAAAUUAGAUAUCUUCCAUUUUCUUCACAAGUUGAAGCCUUUUUUUCCCUAAUCAGAUUGUACAUUUUGUUUUGUAUAGUGCUUCCUCUUAUUUUAUUUCACCUCCAAAUCAUAUUGAUGGAUGAAAUACAAGAUGUCAAUGAAUUAUUUUUUAUCACAAA